AUGUCCACGGAGAACUACGACCCCUACUACCCCGACCAGCCGGUGGUCGACCAGUACCUCCCGGUAUGGGCCAGGCAGCCGGCGUUCGGCCCCAAGCCCGCCUUCGUCUGGGCCGACGACGAUGACCGGCGUGCCGGCGGUGGUGGCACGCCGUCGUACACCGCACUGACAUACUCCGAGCUGAACGCCGCCGUGGAACGCAUGGCUCUGGCCCUCCUCGAGACAGCACGCAGGGGGGACACCGUCCUCCUGCUCGGGUCGCCGGGCCUCCGCCUCGUCAAGCUCAUCUUCGCGUGCCAGCGCGCCGGCCUCGUCGCCGUGCCCAUCGUGCCGCCCGACCCGUCCAAGCUCGACACGUCGUCCGCACUGCAGGGCGCGGCUCACGGCCAUCUUCUGCGCGCCGUGUCGCAGACGAGGCCGGCCGCGGCUGUCGCCGACGCCGGGUACAUUGACAUGAUCAUGGAGUCACCAGUCGCCGCGCUGAAGCGUCUGCGGUGGGUGUCGGUCGCCCACUUGGAGAGGGAGAGCCGUGGUGGUUCGGGUGACGUGGCCGCCGAUGAUGAUGAGCCGCCGGGACGACGGACACGGACGGCCUAUAGGGGCUGCGCGCCGGGCGAGACGUACCUGAUCCAGUACACGUCGGGCGCGACCGGCGAGCCGAGGCCCGUGGUGGUCACCGCGGGCGCCGCGGCGCACAACGUGCGCGCGGCCAGGAAGGCGUACGACCUCCACCCGGCCAGCGUCAUCGCGUCGUGGCUGCCGCAGUACCACGACUGCGGCCUCAUGUUCCUCCUCCUCACCGUCGUCGCCGGCGCCACGUGCGUGCUCGCCUCGCCCGCGGCCUUCCUCAGGCGCCCGCGCCUCUGGCUCGAGCUCGUCGCCGAGUUUCAGGCCACGUGCACGCCCGUCCCGUCCUUCGCGCUGCCGCUGGUGCUCAAGCGCGGGGUUGGCUCCGAGCACGGCACGCGCCCGCUCGAGCUCGGGAGCCUACGGAACCUUAUCCUCGUAAACGAGCCGAUCUACAAGUCAUCGGUCGACGAGUUCAUGGAAGAGUUUGGCCGCGCCGGCCUGGACGCGUCGUCCAUCUCGCCGUCCUACGGACUGGCCGAGAACUGCACAUUCGUGUCCACCGCAUGGCGCGGAACGGAACCGAAACUUUGCGGUGGACGGUUGAGCCUCCCGUCGUACAAGAAGCUACUGCCAUCCGCCAGGCUUUCUUCUUCUUCCAGCGAGGAGACGGAGAUCGAUAUCGUCGUUGUUGAUGGACACACCGGAGAGCCUGUGGAGGACGGCGUCGAGGGGGAGAUAUGGGUUUCCUCGCCGAGCAACGCGUCGGGCUACCUCGGGCACCCGUCGUCGGCGAGCCGCGAGGUGUUCUGCGCGAGGCUGCCAGGGCGAGCCACCGGCCCGAGUUUCGUGCGCACGGGCGACUGCGGCGUGGUGCGCGGAACGGAGCGGUAUCUCUACGUACUCGGCCGGAGCGCGGAUGCCAUUGCCAUCGAUGGGCAACGGCGGCGCGUGCACGCGCACUACAUUGAGACGGCGGCUUUCGGCAGCUCACCGGAUUCACUGCGUGGCGGCUGCAUCGCCGCCUUUGCCGCGACGCCGUCGCCUUCGUCGUCCGUGGUGGUCGUCGUGUCAGAGCUGCAAAAGGGGAGAGGCGGCGGCACCGUGCAUCUUCGUAGCAUCUGCGAUGGCAUAAGACGAGCCGUGUGUAAAGAAGAAGGUGUAAAUGUCGGGUGCGUCGUGCUGGCCGAGAGCGGUGGCGUGCCCAAGACUACGUCAGGGAAGCUGCGACGAGGCUCCGCGAGGGAUAUGCUCGCCGGCAAGCUGAUGAUCCCCAAGGUUUUCGAGGUGCUCUACGACUAUGACGAAAAUGCCAAGGGCCGUGCCACGUGGGUACGAGGUGGCGACAAGGAGACGGAGGUGCGUGGAACGAGCACUAGUUGGGUACUGGGAGACGCCGGAGGGGACACCGCAGGCAUGGUCAUCAUGGCCAGAUCAGGGAAUGCAAGUCACCGCCUGCGUUUGCAAUCAUCUCUCUGA